UGCAUAACAAUCACACGAACUACAACAAGAGGGACUUCCACCAGUACAUCGAGCACAAGUGGUGUAGUCCCGGUUGGGGACCAAUCGAGCUCUAGCAUGACUUCAUUGCCAUCGACGUCUUCUAUCAGCUCUCUUUCUCCAUCAUCUAGCAUAUUUCUACUAUCUUCGACUGUGAUGCCAUCUCUCCCGUCCACUGUUCCAUCGGAGUCCGGCGGCUCUCUCCUUUCUACGCUGUCAAACCCCACGUUAACGGUCACUGUACCAGAAAUCACUGUGACCAUAGCAGAAACAACGGUCACAGUCCCUUCAACUACGACAACGAGUGAACAUCGCUCAUUUCCACCAGCUAGGUCUGUCCCUACCAUUAUUCCCACUCCCUUGGGUGGUACUGGUGCAGCCCCGAAUCCGAAUGGGCCCUCUACUUUACCGACAUCAGACACGUCGGUGGCAUCCUCAUCCUCACCAAUGACUUUGACAUCAACGUCUUCCCUACCCUUGGAGACCUACUUCUUUUUGUCCAAGGUGGGCCGGCCGUUUAGUGGUUGAUCGGUCAUCAGCAUAUGUUUUCCAUACGUAAUGAUAAAUGACAAAGCAAUUGUUUAAGGGGAAGGGAUGAAAUCACAGCCACGUUGAAUGGAGUUAGGACGAGGAUGUGAGUGGGAACUUUUUGGAGCACAUUACAAGAAAUAUUAGUCUACAGUC